AUGGCGUGGAGGCUGCUCAAAAAGCGGGCCCAGGAUGCCAUGGUGAUCUUGGGGGGCGGAGGACUUCUCUUCGCCUCCUACUUGACGGCCACGGGGGAUGAGCAUUUCUACGCUGAACUCUUGAUGCCGGCUCUGCAGCGGCUGCUGGACCCCGAGACAGCCCACAGGCUGGCUGUUCGCUUCACCUCCCUGGGGCUCCUUCCUCGCACCGCGUUUCAAGACUCUGACAUGCUGGAAGUGAGAGUCCUUGGCCAUAAAUUCCGAAAUCCAGUGGGAAUUGCCGCAGGAUUUGACAAAAAUGGGGAAGCGGUGGAUGGCCUUUACAAGAUGGGCUUUGGUUUUGUUGAGAUAGGCAGUGUAACCCCAGAACCUCAGGAAGGAAACCCCAGGCCCAGGGUCUUCCGCCUCCCGGAAGACCAAGCUAUCAUUAACAGAUACGGAUUUAACAGUCAUGGGCUCUCAGUGGUGGAACACAGGUUACGGGCCAGACAGCAGACGCAGGCCAGGCUCACAGAAGAUGGGCUGCCGCUGGGAAUAAACCUGGGGAAGAAUAAGACCUCGGUGGACGCUGCCUCCGACUACGCAGAGGGGGUUCGAGUCCUGGGUCCGUUGGCUGACUACCUGGUAGUGAACGUGUCCAGUCCCAACACGGCUGGGCUGCGGAGCCUUCAGGGAAAGGCUGAACUGCGCCGCCUGCUGACCAAGGUGCUGCAGGAGAGGGAUGCCCUGAAGGUGGCCCACAAGCCAGCUGUCCUGGUGAAGAUUGCGCCCGACCUCACAGCUCAGAACAAGGAGGAUAUUGCCAGCGUGGUGAGAGAGUUGGGCAUCGAUGGACUGGUCGUCACGAACACCACAGAGAGUCGCCCUGCCAGCCUCCAGGGUGCCCUGCGCUCUGAACGAGGAGGGCUGAGCGGGAAACCCCUCAGGGAUUUAUCAACACAAACCAUCCGGGAGAUGUAUGCACUCACCCAAGGCAGAGUUCCCAUCGUCGGGGUUGGCGGUGUCAGCAGCGGGCAGGAUGCGCUGGAGAAGAUCCGGGCGGGAGCCUCCCUGGUGCAGCUGUACACGGCCCUCACCUACCGGGGCCCGCCCGUGGUGGGUGGGGUCAAGCGGGAGCUGGAAGCCCUUUUGAAGGAGCAGGGUUUCGCCAGAGUCACAGAUGCCAUUGGGGCAGAUCAUCGGAGGUGA